CCAAUCCGAACGAUCUACUGCCAAAUCAGUCAUCUUUCACCCACCACAAACCAAACUGGUCUCUGUGUUUCAUUGAUUUCGUCUCAUCUUGGCCUCAAAUCAAGCUCAAUUUCGGAGCAAAAGAUGUCUGACUUCUCUUCAUCUUUGAAUUAUCAACGUAGCUUUGUAAGUGUGCGUUGACUUGUUGAUAAGGGGAGAGGUGGAGCUGAAAGUAAGUUCGAUUUCGAUGUUUUUUUUUAUGUUUGAAAUUAAGGGUUUUGAGGAGGAUGUUCUGGGUUUGUUUGAUUUGGGUGAUACAGAUGAUUGGAUUUUAUUACAUGUUGAAUGGAAAAUGGCUCACUUAUGAUGGAGAAACUUGGUGGUUGUAGUCCCCCUUCUAUUGGUGAAUGUUAUUUAUGUUAUUACAUGGAUUUUGCUUUGUUGAAAUGAUGUAUUAAAGUCCAGUUUGUGUCUCGAAAGGACCUAAUCUCAUGUUACUCAGAAUUUAGAAGGAAGAAAAGGAUCGGUCUUUGUUUUAAAGGAUUGGCGAGGUUAUACUUAACUGAGGUUGGUAUUAAGAUUCAACAUUUUGGUGAAGCUCCUGCAAUGAAAGCUCCCUAGUUUUUGUAAAGUAAGAUGUAUGAUAGUUGGGCCUUGUCAGACCAAAUGGGUUAUGGUAUGAGUAGAUUGGAGAUAGAUUCCGAAACUUGUGAUGGUGGCAAGCACAUCAAUGAAACUGGUAGCAGUGGAAGAAAAAAUAGACCGUUGAACAAUUUAGACCAUGAAGUUGCCCAGCUCACCAGGCUGAGAUCAGAACCCCAUGAAGGGCUGUGUGCAGCUAUACCUGGGAGGCCGAGAUUACCUGUGUCCACAGUGAAGAUGUUGGCUGGCCGAGAAGCCAAUCAUUCUGGACGUAGUCGGUUUUCAACAGCUGAUCGUUGCCAUAUGCUAAGCCGAUAUUUGCCUGUUAAUGGUCCUUGGAUUUUGGAUGAGAUGACCAGCAGAGCCUAUGUUUCGCAGUUCUCUGUUGACGGCUCUUUGUUUGUUGCGGCAUUUCAGGGAAGUCAAAUUAGAGUGUACGAUGUGGAGAAUGAAUGGAAACUUCGGAAGAACAUUCUUGCGAAAAAUUUACGUUGGGCAAUCACUGAUACUUCUCUUUCCCCAGAUCAGCGUUUUCUUGUAUAUUCCAGCAUGUCUCCUGUUGUCCAUAUUGUUGAUGUGGGUUCUAGGGAAAUAGAGUCGUAUGCGAAUGUUACGGAGAUCCAUGAUGGUUUGGACUUUUCCACUGCUGAUAAUAGAGGCCAUGCUUUUGGAAUUUUUUCUGUGAAAUUUUCAACUGAUGGACGAGAACUUGUCGCUGGAAGUAACGAUGACUCUAUAUAUGUUUAUGAUCUUGAAACGAAUAGGCUCUCUCUUCGAAUUCAUGCCCACAAGUCCGAUGUUAACACUGUAUGUUUUGCUGAUGAAAGUGGCCACCUUAUCUACUCUGGGAGCGAUGACAACCUUUGCAAGGUGUGGGAUAGACGCUGCUUCCGAGCUAGAGGGAAGCCUGCAGGGGUCCUACUGGGACACCUAGAAGGCAUUACGUGUAUUGACAGCCGUGGAGAUGGUCGUUAUUUUAUCUCAAAUGGUAAAGAUCAGUCUAUCAAGCUUUGGGAUGUUCGAAGAAUGAGCUCCUCUACUACUUGUAAUUUAGGACGACCAAGGAAUCAUGAAUGGGACUACAGGUGGAUGGAUUACCCUACUGAAUCAAGAGAUUGGAAACACCCCGCUGAUCAGUCGGUGGCUACAUAUAAAGGGCAUUCUGUUUUGCGUACUCUUAUUCGGUGCUACUUUUCCCCAGCUUAUAGCACUGGCCAGAAGUAUAUCUACACUGGAUCUCACGAUUCUUCUGUUUAUAUUUAUGACUUGGUAAGCGGAGACCAAGUUGCAGUUCUCAAGCAUCAUAAAUCGGCUGUGAGAGAUUGUAAUUGGCACCCGUAUUAUCCAAUGCUGGUUAGCUCCUCUUGGGACGGGGAAGUUGUCAAGUGGGAAUUCCCUGGAAAUGGAGAACCCUCUGUAAGCAGGAAGAGAUAUUGGAGUAGUCAUUCUUACUGGGAUUAGUGCUAUCUUGAUGCAAAGCUUCUAUGAUACAGUGAUGGUUGUAACCAAAUAAAGGUGUGGUUUUAUGCAGAAAAUUGUAAUUUCUUUGUACAUGUAUCUCAUAAUGAAACUCUCUCUUUAUUUUUUUAAUAAGUUCCAGAAUAAUCACUGGAACAAUAUCUAUGUUCAUAUGUUUCCAAUAAACAAUAUCUAUGUUUUCGGUCAAUAUUCCACUACUUUGCUUGUUAUCUA